AUGGCGCGAAUCAAGGUUCCCCCUAUUGCGACUCAAGAUUCUACUUCUAAUAUCGAGAAAGGAGUUGGCUCUUCCGAGUCCCAAGAAACUUCAUCUAGUUCUUCUACAUCAUCUUCCUCAACACCAACCUGUCCAAAUUGUAGUAAUACAUUCGCGAAACUAUCAGAUACAGACUUUCUCAAUCACGUGGCUGCAUGCAGUCGACCAUCCACAGCGGAAUCAAUAGGAACGGUUACUACUUCGGGUAGUUCUCUAUCACCACCUCCUACUUCACCUAGGAACUUAAUUGCUACGUCAAAAUGUUUUUCCAAUGGAGAUGGGCCAAAAGCGGAUUUGCAUUUCGACUACAACGCGGCCCAAGAGCCUGCAAUUGCUAUUGCUAAUGCCGACGAAGAAGAUUCUAUUUCCAAGGAUCACAAUCUGAUUCAACCAUAUGUCGAUCCGAAAUCUGAAUUCGACUACUAUGAUCAAAUCGAAGGCCAUGAGGAAAUUGACGUAGAUAUCAAUGACCCUGAUAUCAGCCUUAAGUUCAAAUAUCCUAAACUUCCGGCCAUCUCACACUUCGAAAAAUACCUCAAAAAUCCUAGCGAAAUGUCAUAUGAUGAAUUGUACAAAAGAGCUGAGAUAGUUAGCACAAAUGUUUUAGCCGUUUGGCAAAAGGAGUUUGACGCGAUUGAUGAAGAAAUUUAUGCAUAUGAAUGUCAAGAGAGAGAACGAGUGCAAAUGGAGAAAGAAGCGGAGAAAGCCGUAGAAGAGGCAGAUAGAGUUGCCGAGCAAUUGGAAAGAGAUGACCUGGUGGCUAUGGCAAAAGAAUAUGCCGUUGUAUUAAAAUCAAAGGCCCCUGAAUGGACCGCUUUCAUGAAUCAAUUUGAAGAGGAUGAUGAAUUUCGCCUACGUCUUGAAAGCCUUCGGGACCCACAAUUCAGGGCGAAACUUCAGAGGCAAGCUUUCGCUAGGGAACAAGAAAACAAAAAGCUUAGGCAAAAGGAGCUGAAAGAGUCGAGCAAGCCAAAACUUCUCAACGAGCCCUUGCCUGAGAUCAAAGUGACCAAAGAGGAGAUAGAAGCCGAGAAGAGAAAAGUAGGACGCUUAAUAGAUCCCACGAAAUGGGACGAUAUGAAGCAAGCAGAUGUAUACGGUUUUGAAUAUUCUUCGCAUCCAAAACAUCUUGGUGCGCAACCAAUUCCGACAGCGUCUAGAAAGCGUGGUUUGGGUGAAGUAGACAUGACAGAAGGUAGAAGUGGUCGAGCUCAACGAAUGGCGACCAGGAAGAUGUACGAUCAGAGCACACCAGAAGAUGAAUCAGACGGUUUGCCAGCGAAACGACAACGAAAGAUCCGAGUACUUGACGAUGCUAUUGGAGAGUUGUCGAAGACUUCUCGAAAACAAAGCAGAAGUCAAACCCCCAUCAGGAGAACCUUUCCAUCUGGCAAGCCCAUUGGAAGGCCGCCAAAAUCGCUUUCAAAGCUCAAAGAUGUUCAACUUGCCUCUGGCGAAGAUGAGCCACCGAUGCUUGAAGACGAUGCUCCAAAAGAUGAAGAUAUUUCUCGACACCUCCUGCCGUCCGAACAGGAACAGCUGCAGCAAUCGGCCGAAUCACUCGUCAACCAGAUCGCGGAGGAAUUACCAGUUGAACCGGUCGUGAAAAAGAAGCAUGCAGGUGAAGAAGUUAUUACAGCGCCAUCUGAUACCCCUGCGGCGAUCGUACCCCCUGUAAAGCCAAGGGCUAAAGUUAUCAAACCAAAGAAGCAUCCAGCCAAGUCAGCCAAGUCCAGCAAGUCCGGUAGUCGAGUUAAGAAGGAAGCUAAUAUCGAACCAAGUGCUGAAACCGAGGAAGAAAAUGCAAUCCUGCCAACUACGGAACACGAUGAGGAUUCGGACUCGGAUGCAACUGCGGCCAUCAAUUUAAGGCCCGGCAGCUCAUCUUCGCAAUCAACUAUCUCUUCUUAUGGUAAUCGUCAAAUCAACCGUUCUUCCACUCGUGAACAGACCCUAACACGUGAAACUCGAAUAGCUACUCGAAAACGUGCAGCUGCAUCUACUGAAAAGUCUGUCUCAAUUCAGGAAUCUCCUAAGAAAGUUCGAGGAAAGCGUAAUAGUGGAUCAAGCGAAACUCCUGUCGCCACUUCUCAACCACAAAAGGCCCGAAAACCAAGUAAAAAACAGGCAACAAUCGAAGAAAAUGAAGAAGUGGAACUAUCGCAGGAACCAGUCAUCAAAAAAGAAGCAACCCCUGGCGCACACCCAAUCAUUUCACCGCCAUCAUCCCGAACUAAGCGCAAGCGAAUUUCUGAAGCCAUUGCCGAAGCGCCAAGCGCUUCUCCUACCAAAAAGGCUCGCAAAGGUCGUCCUAGCAAAUCAAUGUCAACACCUUCAGAGGGGCUUCAUUUUAUAUCCGCCUCAUCGCCUAAGAUCAAGGUAAACAAGAAGGCCAAAGGACCCCUUGCGAGAAUCCUUCCACCUCGUGAACCGAGCACUCGUGCCCGUCGUGCUCCAAAAGCUAUUCGAAAUGCCGACAAUGCUGACGAGGAGGAUGAGGAUGAGGAUGGAGAUGAGUUGAAUAUGCCAGCAACGGAAUACGAAAGAUAUCAAGCACUGGCUGAUCCAAGAAGCCCCAUUACGUUGGGCAAGAGGAUUCGGAAAAGCGUCAUUGAUUUAAGAAAAGCGAUGGAAGGCGGUGAUGACGAUGAUGGAGAUGAUGAGUUUGAUGGGUGA